UUUCCUUAGAUGGGCGGAUUUGUAGCGCCUUGGUUGACAUUGUUGUUGUUGUGGGAGUAAGAAUGUACUUAGUCGUCAAGUCUUUUUAAGACAAGUAGCUAGACGUAUUUUUGACGUCUACACAAAGCUGAAUACCACAUUACCCCGGUGGAAGUGAUUUUCUGCAAAAGAAAAGCCUGGACUGCGUGGAAAUGAGAGAGAAAUUCCGCGAGGCCGCUCGAGGUGUGGCCGAAACGGUCCUUCUGCUGUGAAGGAGAAUUACUCUCCUGUCUUUUCUCUCUCCUGAUGCCCCCUUCUGCACUGUAAAUUCAUGAUCACAUGACUUUGGAUAUGGACGCGGUCCUGUCCGACUUUGUCCGUUCUACUGGAGCUGAACCUGGACUGGCCAGAGACCUGCUAGAGGGAAAGAAUUGGGACCUCUCGGCUGCGCUGAGUGACUUUGAACAGCUGAGACAAGUGCAUGCUGGGAACCUCUCAUGCACUUUUGCUGAGGAGAGAGAGUACCCCUCUAUUGAGAAGGAGAUAGCGCGAACAGGGCGGCCUCUCUUGCAUCGCCAAGAUGAGGUUGUGCAAGCAGCUACGGAGAAGCGUCUGUCAAGGGGAAUCUCUCACGCCAGCUCCACCAUCGUCUCUCUGGCCCGUUCACACGUGUCCAGUACGGGCGGCAGCAACGAGCCACUUCUGGAUACUCCGCUCUGCACUUUCCAGUUGCCUGACCUCACCGUCUACAGAGACGACUUUCGAGGCUUCAUCGAGAGAGACCUCAUUGAGCAGUCCAUGAUGGUGGCGUUGGAGCAUGCUGGACGGUUGAACUGGUGGACUCGUUUGGGAACUGGCUGUCAGAGUUUAUUACCGCUGGCUACUAGUGGUGAUGGGAACUGUCUGUUACACGCUGCCUCACUGGGUAUGUGGGGCUUUCAUGAUCGAGACCUGAUGCUGCGGAAGUCUCUCUAUGCACUGAUGGAUCAUGGGCAGGAGAGGGAGGCUUUAAAGCGAAGGUGGAGAUGGCAACAAACCAUGCAGAACAAAGAGUCGGGACUGGUUUACACAGAGGAAGAGUGGCAGAAAGAGUGGAAUGAGUUGUUAAAACUGGCAUCUAGCGAACCCAGGAUACACUACAGCACCAACGGCAGCAAUGGUGCCGAGUCACAGGAGGAGCCGGUAUAUGAGAGCCUGGAGGAGUUUCAUGUGUUUGUUCUUGCUCACGUACUCCGCAGGCCGAUAGUGGUGGUGGCUGACACCAUGCUGCGGGACUCUGGGGGAGAAGCUUUUGCACCAAUCCCAUUUGGAGGGAUUUACCUGCCCCUGGAAGUACCAGCCAACAAGUGCCACCGCUCCCCUCUCGUUCUGGCAUAUGACCAGGCCCAUUUCUCUGCCCUGGUCUCAAUGGAGCAGAAAGACAGUUCCAAAGAACAAGUGGUGAUCCCUCUGACGGACUCGGAUCAUAAAAUGCUGCCUUUGCACUUUGCUGUGGAUCCUGGAGAAGACUGGGAGUGGGGCAAGGAUGACAACGAUAAUGUGAUGCUAGCAAGUGUAACCUUAUCUCUGGAGGCCAAGCUCCAUCUGCUGCAUUGCUACUUGACUGUCACCUGGCUUCCUCUACCCUGUGAGGUACAGCAGGCCCCAUUGGCCCAGCCGGAGUCACCUACGGCAUCUGCAGGAGAGGACGCCCGCACCCCACCAGACUCUGGAGAGUCCGACAAGGAGUCCGUCAGCAGCAGUUCCAAUGGCAAUGGAGACAGCAGCACUACUGGAACCAGUGGGACAACUGGCAAAACGAGUGGUGGAUCGUCCAGCUCCUCUAGCUCAUCCAGUAACAGUUCAGCAGGGACAACCGGCACAAUUGGAAAAGAAAAGGGGAAGAAAGAGAAAGACAAGGACAAGGACAAGAAACGUGCAGACACUGUUGCCAACAAGCUGGGCAGCUUUGGGAAGAGCCUGGGCAGUAAGCUGAAAAAGAAUGUGGGAGGCCUGAUGACGGGGAAGAAUACAAGUGGAAGUGGAUCCAAACUGGAGGGUCAAGAAAAGAAAAAAGGCUCUCUGAGAGGCCGUAAGGGCAGUAAGGACAGCUCUCCCUCCAUUCAAACCGGCUCUGAGGACUCUGGGAAAGGCUCACCCUCCUCAACCAGCGAGCGACAAAAUGGAGGCUACACUUCAGAAGGUGAUCCUUUUAAGUACAGCUCGGAUGUGAAAGUGAGUCUUAGCAUCCUUCGAUCUGCUAUGCAAGGCGAAAGGAAGUACAUCUUCGCCGCGCAACUCACUACAAGCAACCGGCAGCCGUUUCAGGAGGAAAUGAUCCAACGAUACCUGGUCGAUGCUGAGGAGCGCUUCCGCACCGAACAGGAACAGAGAAGAGAAGCUGAACGGAAAGCAGCCGGUGGUCUUGUAACGACUGCGGGGUCCCAAUUAAAAAAGGACGGGCCUGAGUUGAGCUACAGAAGUUUUGAAAGCAAAGAGGAAGUUAGUGAUAACUCACCUCCUACCUUUAAUGCUUUGAAGUCGUCGUCUUUCACCCCGGUUAUGUACUCCGGCGUGGUCCCGAUCCCCAGGCCCACCUUCAUCGAUCAUUCUCCUACCCCACUCACGCAGCAUCUUCAUAUGCAUGGUUAUUUGGAUACACGGCGGCAGCUGGCAGGAGGUUCGCCGUCGUCUUACCCAGGUCUACCAUCCUAUGCUACUUUGCCCCGGCACUGUCCUUUAGCACAGGGCCCGCCCCAUACCCAGUACCACCCACCCUCCACCAGCUUGGGCAGCCCAUCCCGUAUCAUCAGCCCCUGCCUGACAUCUUUUCCUCAAGAGCAUGACCCAAUUGAUUACCCAACUGAACCUGCUGGAAGCUACACAAAUGGCUUGCGGGACUCACGUUUCACCUUGGACAGCCGCAAUGGGCCAAUGCCAGUGAGGCAUUACUCUUUAGGCAGUGCGGGUGGCCUCGCCACCCUGCAGUCCAGCAGAUGCCGAACACCUACUUGCAAUUACUAUGGCCACCCUGAAACGGGCAAUUACUGCUCGUACUGCUACCGAGAGGAGCUGAAGAGACGGGAAACGGAGCCGACCAUACACAGGUUUUGAAUGGACAAGCUCUGUCCGGUUUCUCUCUUAUAGGACUCACUGGAGCCCGGUGUGUGAGCCACACCAUAUCCUGUUUGCGUGGAUCUUGCUUUAAAACAUACGUUCGGCCUUUCUGAUCCAGAAAGAGACUUGGCGUCCACAAUAAAUGACCGUUGUGGGAGUAGGACUGCUGUUGUGUUACAUUUGCUGUGGCUCAUAGGCAGGAGCUUUAAGCUCCGCCCACAUUUGCUUGACGUGGUCAUCCUCUUUCCUGUCUCCUUGUCUCCUCCUAGUGACGAGAAUGUAGAGCACAGGCAAUAGACAUUGGAGCACAGUGUGCUACAUUGCAUCACACAAACACGCUGCAUACCCCAAAAUACACGUUAAGCACAACCAGAAAAUGCGUAUUUAUAUCAGCUGCGUUUGUAUACUACAUAAUAGACAUUUCAUGUAGGAUUUCCGCUGUAGUCAAUGCCAUAUUGCGAGUGUAAGGCAAAAACACACUGUUAACUUCAAGUGAGUGUUAUCUGCAUUGGCCCACGCUACAAUACUUUAACUUGCACCCCUUUUGAAGCCAUACCCAACUGGCAUAAAUUAGCUGAAAUGGUGCUUUCUUGCUUCUAAGCUGAACCUUGAUAGCCAAAGGUUUCGCUUUGGGUCUUCACUUGUCCAUUUUUAAAAAUAAGUUGUUUAUGUUCUGUUUCUAGAACAUUUAAAAGUGCAAAACCUUUAAAAUUAGCGUAAAAAAGGAAGGAAUCCGAUUGUUAAAUCAGAAAUGGUACAUCAUGCAGAAGUGUUGUGUUAAUAAAAGAGUUCUAGGUACUCGCAGGUCAAAGGGGGCUGAUGUCGAAAAAUGAUUUCUGACCCCUUCAAAUGUUACAGCCCCAAAUGUUGUUAAUCGAUCGCCCCCCAAAACAGUCUCUGCACCAAAUCAAGCACUUUUCUAAUGUCCUGAGGUUGUGGCGUGUGGGCUUCAGACGUGACAAUGAAUAGACUGUUAUGUUGCUGUGCUUCUAGUCUGGCGUUUUGCUCUGUUCCGGAGGCAGAGCUUGCAGGUCCGCUCGCGUGGACUGCGGAGGUCAGGGUUCGGCUGUAGGUGCCACUGUUGUGCGCAAGCUCACUUGUUUCCUAGUUGCCUUUUCAGUCUUAGUUCAGGGGGAUUGUUGAACUGAAUUUCUACUUUUGUUUGAUUUUUGGGUUCGCAGUGCUGAUUAUAGUGUUGUCGAUGUUUGUGGAUGUAGAGGGAUGCUAACAGAUCUCUCGGUAUCUCAAUUACACGAUGCACCGUGCAUCGAGAUUUUACCUUUUUAAAAUCCAGUUACACUGUUAACAGCCUCCAAUAAAGCCAGCUAGUUGUGUAAGUCAGCCAGAAAUGAAAAUACUGCUAUGAACUCAGCCUUGCAUGCCGUUCCAAACCUGUAUGAUUGGCAAAUACAAAAGUAGGUUGUUCUUUUCCAUAUAAUGAAAGUAAAUGUGGCCCAUAUGCAGCUGAAGUCAAAAGUUUACAUGCAUCUUGUGGAAUCUGCAAAAUGUUAAUUAUUUUACCAAAAUAAAAGGCAUCACACAAAAUGUAUGUUAUUUUUAUUUAGUACUGACCUGAAUAAGAUAUUUCACAUAAAAGAUGUUUACAUGUAGUCCACAAAAGAAAAUAAUAGUUGAAUUUAUAAAAAUUACCGUUCGAAAGUUUACAUACGCUUGAUUCUUAAUACUGUGUUGUUACCUGAAUGAUCCACAGCUGUAUUUCUUUGUUUAGUCAUGAGUUCCUUGUUUGUCCUGAAUAGUUAAACUGCCUGCUGUUCUUCAGAAAAGCCUUUCAGGUCCCACAUAUUCUUUGGUUUUUCAGCAUUUUUGUGUAUUUAAACCUUUUCCAGCAAUGACUGUAUGGUCUUGAGAUCCAUCUUUUCAUACUGAGGACAACUUAGGGACUCAUAUGCAACUACUACAGAAGGUUCAAAGCUCACUGAUGCGUCAAAAGGAAAAAUUACGCAUUAAGAGCUGGGGGGUAAAAACUUUUGAAUGGAAUGAAUUUGUGUACAUUUUUUUUCUUUUGUUUUUUUUUCUUUUUUUUUUGUUUUGCCUAAAUAUCACAUUUUUUCAUUUAGUACUAACCUCCAGAAGCUACAGAAGAUACUUACAUGUUUCCCAGAAGACAAAAUAAGUUAAAUUUACCCUGAUUUACCCAAAUUCCAAAAGUUUUCACCCCCUGGCUCUUAAUGUAACACGUUUACUUCUGAAGUAUCAGUGAGUGUUUGAACCUUCUGUAAUAGUUGCAUAUGAGUCCCUCAGCUCUCAGUGUGGAAAGAUGGUUUGUAAAAUCAUGCAGUCAUUGUAGGAAAGGGUUCAAAUACACACAAAAAAAAAACAAAAAAAAAAAACAAAGAAUUUGUGGGACUUAAAGGAUUUUUCUGAAGAACAGUGGGCAGUUUAACUGUUCAGGACAAACAAGGGACUCAUGAACAACUAUCACUAAACAAAGAAAUACAGCUGUGGAUCAUUCAGGUAACAGCACAGUAUUAAGAAUCAAGUGUAUGUAAACUUUUUAACAGGGUCAUUUUUUAUAAAUUCAACUAUUAUUUUCUUCAAUAUGUGAAAUAUCUUAUUCAGGUCAGUACCAAAAUAACAUGCAUUUAGUAUGAUCCUUCUUAUUUUUGUGAAAUAAUUAACAUUUUGCAGAUUUUGCAAGGUCUGUACAGACUUUUGACUUCAGCUGUAACUUGUGCAUUAUAUUUCAAGUCAUUAUUCACAGAAAGUCUUCCGCUCCAUCUCGCCUACUGACAAAUUUGACGCCAGUGAUGACAAACAGCAAGAACUGAGCACAUCAAGCCAAUGUGGAUGUGGGAAUGAGAUUUUGGAGGGCAAAACUGCUAAUAUAGCACACACGCACACAGUUUUCUCUGAAUCUGAGUCUGGUUGAGUCAAACCAGUCUGUUACAUGUCAUUUACAAGUUACUAAUUUUGCUCAACGUUUUGACUUUGCACAGCAGAGCGCAUGUCAACUAUAUGGAAAAGAGCAGUCUGGACAUUCUGCUAAACAUCUCUUUUUGUGUUUGACAGCAGAAAGUCAGUCAUACAGGUUCAGAAUGACAUGAAGGUGAGGGAAUGAUGACAGAUGCUUCAUUUCAGGCUGAACUAUCCCUUUACCCUCUCAUUGCUCAUGUGAAAUGGGCUCUAUAGUACUGUAAGAGGAUGUUGCUGCUGUGAUCAUGUUCAUUUGAUGUGGGUAAGUGUUAGUGUGCUGCGUUGGUGGUAGAUGUAGAGACUGUUGUAGUCGCAAGCAAACCCCUUCCGCUUCUCAAACGCUCAAUACAGAUGUAAUCACUCGUAUGCAAAUAUUUGUAUAACUGUGUCAGCUCAAGGCCACAAUGUUCCCACAUUUGCAUUACUGAUUUGCACAAUUAAAUAUAGGCUAGGUUAGUAUCCUAACAAAUUUUUAACAUACCUCAUCUGGUAUCUCCCAUGCGUUUGAAGCUGUAAGUUCUCAGAUUCAUUUAUGUUUUGAAGCACUAAAUAUUUCUGACAGAGUGAUGUUUUGCAGCAGAAUAAGAACCUGAAGGGUUCACCCAAAGACAUGUUGUUCACUCUCAUAACCAAUAGAUGGCACACUUGUUUAGGUUUUUUUUUUUUUUUUGCUAUCACCUUUAUGUCUAAAUCAAGCUUUUGAGACCCAUGGCUGACAUUUUCAUAGUGUAAAUAAGGGACGAAGAGUAUGCUGCUGCUGCUUUUGGAUUCGGAAAGUCUCAAUCAAGCACAUUUGAAUAUAAAUUGCAAGCAAUUAACUCCAUUUACCCAGAUUUCCAUUCUGCAAAGUUGCAAAAAGGAAUUCUGCCUGUGAGCUUGUCUGGUAAAUUGUGCUUUUGCAGACCUAUUGCAGCUUCGAGGCACAAACAAGAGGAAAUUGUCAGUGAAUUGACAGCUAUUCUCCGUCGUCGCUUGCGUUUAACGGAUCCAGUUAUUUAACGAAUGGAAAGCUCAUUCAGCCACCCCGAGCGUUGGACUUCAAUAAGAGCGCAAACAUUUUUGUAUUAAGAAAUAAAAACGUUGUAUAAAUACGUUCAAGUUAUUUUUGUAAAUCAAACGCAGUUUUACAGUGUUUUUUAAAGAUACGAAUGUAUGCUGUAGGACCCAGGGUUGAAGUCAGCUGAGUUGGUGGUGGAGUCAGUAUUCGGGAGCGUACGGCGCAGGCUGACAAGAUAAGCCUCUUAAAUCCGAGCGUUUCUUGUGAACAAACUAAUUUCUCCAUCAGUGACAAGGUAUGAUUUGAAAAUAUAUAUUUGUAGUAAGAUUUUUCAAAAAGUUUGGAAUGUUUAGUUCUGAAACUAGGAUGUUCUUUCUUACGUGGCUAUAGUUGUCACAGACGGGCCUCUUGAAGAUUCCUACUUUUGAUUCUAUUUUAAAGCUAAUUAUGAUAUGUAAUCAGAUUUUGAGUACAUUUUUUUAAAGAUGGCGGUGGCGUCCACCGCCAUCAGUUUUCACACACUAAAUUCUCUUAUUUAAUACAGUGGGCUUUGUUUUGUUAUGAUGUAGCUUACUAUUUUUAUAUGGUAUGUUUUCAUGGAUGUGACAGAGCUACAGUCAUCAGCAUUCUCCAAUUUGCAUGAGACUGAAACUGUUGCAUGUACAGAACUGGCAGAUGCAAUUUAAUCUAAUCAUAUUUGUGCAUUACUUCUGGCUAAUUGGGCGAUUUGUGUUUGUUUUCAGCCGUUUUACCUUUCUCCUUGUUUGAGAGGUGACCCCAGGCUGUGUGACAGUGCAAUCUAGGUGGAAAGAACAUCUGAUUUUUAUGUUAGGUUUAUUUUAUUUUAUUUUUCUUUUCUUUUUGCACCGUUUUAAUAAAAUUCUCAUUGUAUUUAAA